UUGUUUUACAAAGAAAGUUCAUCAUAGUCUGAGAGUAAAAUGGUAACUUAUAAGUUUAACCAAAAUGUUGCCAAAAGGUUUAUGGAUCUUUCGAUCAAUAAGAAAGAAGAACCAGAAAAUGUUCCAUUAACAUAUGUUUGGAUUGACGGUACUGGACAAUCACUCAGAUCCAAAACCAGAACAAUAAAAUGCAACAACGGUCAAGUUAUUCUAGAGACAUGUCCAGAAUGGAGUUUCUGUGCCACUGGAACUGGUUUUGAAACUGAAGAAAUUACAGAAAAUGGUGAGAAAAGAACUGAUUCCAGUUGCGUGUUGCGCCCUUGUGCAUUGUAUUGGGAUCCAUUUCACGGACAACAUGCUAGGUUGGUCCUUUGUGAAGUUUAUUACAAUGGUAAACCAGUAAAAACUAAUAAUCGAAAAGAGUGUUUUGAUGUUUUGGAAAAGGUGAAGCCUAAAGAUACUAAAACUGAGGAUUCGCCAACAAAAGCUGUAAAUAUUUGCAACGAUAACUAUGCACCGAAGUUUGGCAUUGAACAAGAAUACACUCUGAUUGAUCCAAAAACUAACAGACCUUUGGGUUGGCCUGAAGAUGGUUUUCCUGCUCCACAAGGACCAUACUAUUGUGGUGUUGGAACUGGCCUAGCAAUUGGCCGUGAUAUAGCUGAAGCACAUUAUCGUGCCUGUCUCGCUGCUGGUAUACCUAUUUAUGGUUAUAACGCUGAAGUUAUGCCUGGUCAAUGGGAAUUUCAAGUUGGUGAAUGUGAAGGUAUAAACAUGGGAGAUGAUUUGUGGAUGGCGAGAUUUAUUUUGGUCCGAAUGGCAGAAGAGUUUGGUGUUAAAGUUUCAUUUGAUCCAAAGCCUGUUGAAGGUGAUUGGAAUGGAACUGGUGCUCAUAUCAAUGUUUCAACCAGUGCUACUAAAGGUGAAGGUGGUUACGGAAGAGUGCUAAGUAUGAUUAAGGAGUUGGAAGAGAAACAUAAGGAAGCGAUUGCUAUUUAUGACCCUAAUCAAGGUAAAGAUAAUGCUCGACGAUUAACUGGUAAACAUGAAACAUGUAAAAUUGAUCAAUUUAAGUUUAGUAUUGAUGAUCGAGGUGCUUCAAUCCGUUUACACAAAAGUCCAGAGGUGAGUGGUGAGAUCACAUAUUAUUUUGAGGAUCGAAGGCCUGCCAGUAAUUGUGAUCCUUACAAAGUUAUUUCAUUUUUGGUCGGUAUUUGUUGUAAACAGUUUGUACCCAUAAAUGUUCAAUAAUUUGAGAUCAAUUUGAAUUUGUCAUUUAUUUUUGUUUAAUCAAUGAAAAACUACUUAACCAAAAUAAUUUUCACAAGACAGCAGUUUAAGGGAAAACAAUUAAAGGUAUCAUUCAGGUUGUUACAAUAAAGAGUUAUUGAU